AUGGUAGUAGCUGUUGGUACCAGUGGCAAGGAGGCAAUUGGGGAAAGCCAGAGCCCCAAAUUCAAAGACAUACAGAAACUCAUUGCUGACAAAUUGGAAAGGUCUAAAGUGAAAAAAGAAGCUACUCCUGAAGCGAUUUUUCAUAAAGCUUCUUCAAUACCGUCUCCUACGACAACAAUUCAUGUCAAUUCUGAAUCCCAAAGUAUAGAAAGAAAGUCUCCACCAAACCAGUGCUUGCCACCAUCAAUGCCGUCUCAGCCUUUGGCAAAUUUAGAUGAUAUGAAGAGAGACAUAAAAGGGCCUCUGAAUCAUCCGCAACCGAUAAGGGUAGACAUUGAAACAAAAGGGGAGUUCAUCAAUGACCUUAUAAAAAAGGCGGUAGAUGCUGCCUACAUGGACAUUGAAGAAGUCUUAAAGUUUGUUGAUGGUGAACUAUCCUCAUUGGUGGAUGAGCGUGCUGUCUUGAAACAUUUCAAGUGGCCUGAGAAGAAAGCCAAUGCGAUGCGAGAGGCUGUGGUUGAGUAUCAGGAGCUUAAGCUAUUAGAACAGGAGAUUUCCUCCUACACGGAUGACCCCGACAUUCCUUGUGGAGCUGCCUUGAAAAAAAACGGCCAGCCUCUUAGACAAUAUAUGCACACGUUUCAAUUCUCAAAUAACAUGUAUUUUCCUUUAUCUAGAGAUAUAUCAUUUCGUCUCUUGGAAGAUAUUGUUCCUUCAAUUAUAAAGCAGGCUUCCAUGACUCUAGCCAAGAUGUACAUGAAAAGAGUGACAAUGGAGCUCGAAUCCAACUGGAACACAGACAGAGAAUCUAGCCAAGAUUCUCUUCUGCUUCAGGGUGUUCAUUGA